AUGUCUGUCGAGGAAGGAAUUAGUGUCAAAGACACUCACAACACCAAUUCAUCCGACUCCACAGACGACUACAAUACAGGCCACUUUGGUCCCCUCGCUCACGUCAACACUGCCUCAAGUCGCUACCCUGCUUUCGGCGGUGACCUUCAACCCGGUCUGUAUCGCGUGCCGAAAGAUCGCAAGCUUGCCAAUCCUGCUCCGCUGGGUCUGUGCGGCUUUGCUUUGACAACCUUUAUUCUGGGAUGUAUCAAUAUGCAAGUUCGCGGCGUGACUGAGCCGAACAUUGUGGUUGGGCCUGCUCUGGCUUAUGGUGGACUGGUGCAGCUCUGCGCUGGAAUGUGGGAAAUGGCUGUUGGAAACACCUUUGGAGCUACAGUACUUUCUUCCUACGGUGGUUUCUGGAUGUCUCUUGCUAUCACAUUUAUUCCGGGUGGUUUUAACAUCAUGGGCGCAUUGGAGAAGGCGGAUAAUGGUGAACCGACUAUGUUCUACAAUUCAUUCGCGCUAUACCUAUUCGGCUGGUUCAUCUUCACCACGCUGAUCACCUUGCUCACCCUCAAGUCGACCGUGGCAUUCUUCUCCCUCUUCUUAUUUGUCGAUAUCGCCAUCCUGCUGCUUGCUCUUGGAUACCUCCUUCAAACAGACACCGGAAUGCCGAACGAGAAAUUGCUCAAGGCUGGUGGUCUCUUUGCGAUACUGGGGGCUUUCUUAGCUUGGUAUAAUGCUUUCGCUGGUAUUGCUGAUAACAGCAACAGCUUCUUUUUGCCCCCUGUGGUACACUUCCCUUGGUCGGAGAAGAAGCGCUCUUCUCGCAAGCACGCCGGUGAGGGUGAAGUUUGA